UCGUAGCAAGUCAGUGAGAGAGCCAGUAUUGUGCCCUUUCCACAAGAACAUCCUGCCGCGUUAGAGCGGGGGCUUUUCUGGUGUGUGUGUGUCAAGGACUCGCAACACCGUUGCUUGUGGGGAAACCCAACUCUUCUAGGUAUGGCUCUGCUGCUGCCUUCAUGAUGUGUGGCAUGGCCCAGAGGGUGUCAGCUAAGCCCAAGCUGAGCCCACUCCGCUUCCUGCUUGGACCCACUGCAGCCAGCAACUUGGGCCCUGGCCAUGUGUCAAAGGGCUACAGUCCUGUGUUUGCUGCAGCAGGAGGAGAGGCUGGGAUAGAUAGACUAGAAAGCUGGAGUUUCUCGCACAGAAAAUUCUAAGAAUAGUGGUGGGGCGAGGAACCCAAAAGCCAUUAAGUCCCAAACCUUGGCUCUCCCAUUUGAGGCCAUGUGUAAGGGGUCUGCACUCCUCCAAAGGCACAAAGGAGAUCUGGAAAGGGGGAGAGUCUCAAUUAGACAAAAGAUUCCACUUGUUACUUCUACUCUUGAACUUUCAGGAGUAACAUAAGCUGGUAAAAUCAGGGUCACAGCUAUCCUUGGGGUGCAGCGACCUAGAGCCCCACAGAAAAACACCAAUUCGCUCCAUCCCAGAACAAAUGUUUAACCGGAUGUACAAGGUCAAUAUUUGCUGAAAGGGAAAAAUCUUCAAAUAAGGGGUGGUGCUGAAGGUCAUGCCUGUCACUGCCUGGCAAGCGUGGGCUGGAGGGGCUUCAUCUGUCCCAUGCAGAGCCAUCGGCUGGGUAGAGAGGGUGUCAGCACCAACAGAAAUGCUUAGCAAACCGAGAAAUACGGAGAUGCUGCUCUGGGGUCUGCUGCUCUGCUUGUCCACUCUGCACAAUAGCCCACGGUUUCCUUUGGCACAUGCCCUUGAGAUGGAGACUCCCCCCCAUGACAACGCUGCCCAGCAGGAGAGCCCUGAGGGCCCUGCAGUGAAAAAUGACACCAGCAUAGAGAAUCCGGAGUGGGAUCCCUCAGCACUACAACUGACCAGUCAGCACUCUGAAGAGGCUGGAGCCUUAGAAGGAGAUCCACAGUUUGUUCCCACCACCACUCUUCUGCCAGUAGUGGAUCCAACCCUGCCAAAUGCUGCAGUGUCAGAUUCCACCUCUGACACCUGGGAAGACAUCCAUGGGCCUACACUGCCACUUCCUACCACUACCAGGACCACAAGCCCUGGGGCUGGCCUCACAAGCUCAGAGGGCAAUCUUGUCACCAGGACAGUAGGAGAUCACAAGCAGGUGCUGGAAGGGCAAGAAGUUGAUUCCUCUGAAGAGGAGGGAGAAGGUCAAGAGAGAGGCUGUGACAUGUCUCAGGAGCAGACACACAGGCUAGCAGAAGGUCUGAUGAAAUUCACCAUCGAUCUCCUGACAGAGGUCCAGCAGGAGACCAGCAGACCCAAUGUGAUCCUGUCUCCCCUCAGCAUCAGCCUGGCAUUGUCCCAGCUGGCACUAGGAGCAGCAAACCAGACGGAGAAACGCCUGUUGGAGGCACUGCACCUGGAAUCAGUGCCUUGUCUCCACCACCUGCUGAGCAGCAUUCGCAGGCAGCUCACAGGGUCCAUGCUCAGAGUAGCUUCACGCGUCUAUCUGCAGAAAGGGUUUGAGGUUAAAGAGAAAUUCUUGGAGAACUCAGAGCAAUUCUAUGGGGCAAAGCCUGUGACCCUGUCUGGGAACAAUGAAAAUGACCUCAUAGCCAUAAACAAGUGGAUAAAGGAGGCUACUGAAGGGCAGAUAUCCACCUUCCUGGAUCAUCUCCCUGCGAGCACUGUGAUGCUCCUACUCAAUGCUGUCCACUUCCAAGGAUUUUGGAGGCAUAAGUUUGACCCCAGCCAGACUGGGCCAGAUAUAUUCCACCUUGAUGACCAGUUCAUAGUUCCAGUUGAGAUGAUGAAAGCUCAGAAAUAUUCCCUGAGCUGGUUUACUCUGGAUCCCCUGGAGGUUCAGGUAGCCAGGUUUCCCUUUAAGGGCAACAUGAGUUUUGUGGCCAUUGUCCCAAACCAGUUUAAGUGGAACGUCUCCCAGGUGCUGGUGAACCUCAGUCAUGACAAGCUGCACAGCCGUUUCCUCAAGGAGAAGCCCACCAUGGUAAAGAUGCCCAAACUGCAUGUAGAUUACCAGCUUGAACUCAACCAAGUCCUCAGCCAACUAGGCCUCGGGGAGUUGUUUUCAGCCCCAGACCUGCAGAAGAUCACAGAUGAGCCUCUCUUUGUAUCCAGCAUCCAGCACCAGUCCACCCUGGAGCUUGCAGAAGAUGGCGUGGAGGCAUCAGCUGCCACCAGUGUCAUGAUGUCUCGUUCACUCUCCACUUUCAGCCUCAACCAACCCUUUCUCUUCAUCAUCUUUGAGGAGACAACGGGCAUCCCACUCUUUGUGGGCAGCAUCCAGAACCCCAACCCCAACGCUGCCAAACAGAGAAAAGAGCCACAGGACUUGCCUAACCUGAAAAAUGCCAUCAAAAAUAGUAUCCCCAAAUAAGGGAGGAGCAGUGCCUAGGAGUCCUGGGACUGCUGCCUGCGAGACCUCUGUAGCAGGGUCUCUCUCCCUUGACCAGGCUUCCAUCAGAAGCCCUUCUGCCCCAUCCCAGUGGGUCCCCUCUGGCAGGGCUCUCUAGAGCCCCUCAGCACCACUCUUGAGCAGCAGUGCUGGGUACCUCAUUGUCUUGAAUACUCGUUAGUUUCUGACAAUGUCUCUAUGCAAUUGGACAAAGACAAGAGGUGUAAAAGCUGCUCUUCCUUCUGAGCCCCUCAUGCACAUUCCUUGGUCAGGACAUUGACCAAAUAGCAGGACUUGCUUGUCACUAUAUAGGCCAACGGCAGCUAAAUCAAACUGACUAGCAGCCAGUUUCCUUCCCUGGGAUGUGAGUCUCAGCUACUACUUCUGAUAAAGGUUCUGCCUAGAACAUUCCUGCCCCUGUCCCCCUGGGUACUGGGAUUUGCUGGGUGUGUGCACAAGGGAGGGGGUUUAUUUCUAUCCCUAGCACCAGCCCUUCACCUGGGAUUUCGGAGGCAUAUUUUGUAAAUUGUUUUUUUAGUAAUUUUUAUGUUGGCAGAAUAAUAAAGAGUAAAACAGAAGAUGUUUGGCUGAGUUGUCACCUUGAGAGAUACCCGGCAGAGACUGGAAAGGGGCAUAGCAGGGCAGCAAACAGGCGGAGUAACUGCAAAGACUGAGGGAAAAAAAAGACUUACUGGGGCUUGACCAAAGGAUGGAAGGUCCUAAAGGGUCUCAUGAGAAGUGAGCAGUCCUUUCUCCAACUCACACCACCAGAAUGAGGAGCCACAGGAUGAGAUUAAUGUCUAGUAAAUAUGGAACCACUAAAAGGACAUUGCCUAUUCCUCUUUGGAAAUCUCAGCUGAACAUACCAGAGAAUCCACUAGUGUGGGUGGAUACACAGAGAGGGGAGAUCCAGUCUGAUGCCAUAGGGUCUGAGCUGAAUGCUGUAGGGGUCAAGAAGGAGGCUUCCCCAUUAGCAGCAUAGCACAACUGGCUGGUCUUUGCCUUCCUCUGAGGGAGGAAUUGGUAUUGGGCAUUGCCAGCUGGCAGGCUACUGGCUUCAAUGGAUCAGUGGUCUAAUCUGGUCUGGCACAUCCUACGUGUGACUUGUUCUCCUAUGUUGGGUACUCCUGAGCCUGCAGAACAAUGCUACAGGAGUUUGACAUCUUCCAGGACAUGACUGCAUCUCCUUGGGGUCAGAGUCACUCCCUCCCAUCAGUACAGGGAUGGUGUUCACCUUGAAGUUCACUUCUGAGACGGGUACAGCUCACUGAAUCCCUGCUCUGAAAUAAUUCAGUGUGUCUGACCCAAGCAGCAAAAACUGAUGGUUCUGGGGAAAAGCACCCCCCACCCCCCAGCAGCUUAAGCUGUGUUAUGUUAGUCUUCCUAGUUUUGGUGUUUCUGUAGCAAUUAACA